UGAGGCACGGAGUGCUGGUGAUGUAAUGGGUUGGGGGACGAUUAGUUGUUGGUAGCUGGGCCCGUGGGGUUGCCGUCUCCUGUACUUAAUAGGCAGCAGCGGCGCGCGCGCGCCCGUCUCCAUCAUGAACCCGGACGACAAGCCGCCGCCGUACUCGGAGGUCUCGCCGCCCGGCCAGCAGUACAUGCCGGAGAUGCACGGUGGGCCUCCUGUCACCAGUCCUGCGGGUCCGGGUCCGCAGCAUUACAGCGGCCCUCCAGGCCCGGGUCCUCAGCAGUACAGCGGUCCUCCAGGCCCGGGUCCUCAGCAGUACAGCGGCCCUCCAGGCCCGGGUCCGCAGCAGUACGGCCCGCAGCAGUACGGGCCCCUGCACGGGGACCGGGUGCCGCUGGCCGGCGGCGAGCCGCGCUCCUACGGCAGCGUCACCUACGUCACCCACAUGCCUGCCCACGAGGUCAUCGUCGUCGGCGGCUGUCCCGCCUGCAGGAUCGGCGUGCUGGAGGAUGACUUCAGCUGCCUCGGCAUCUUCUGCGCCAUCUUCUUCUUCCCUCUCGGCAUCCUCUGCUGCCUUGCCACGCGCCAGCGGCGCUGUCCAAACUGUGGCGCCAUCUUCGGAUGAUCCGGCGAAGGUCGAGUUCCGGUCACGGUCGAUAGGGCUGUGGUAUUGCGCGCAAUUCAUGAGCUCUAGACCGACGUGGUUUGAGAGAGCUCUUGCUGUCCGGAACACAGUGCCAAAAACGACCUCACGCUUCCCUUCCCGUUGCCGAAAAUGACCUCCGAUUGACCUCCGAUUGACCUUUGGCCCACUUCAAUUGAGGUGCCGCGAUCUCGCCUUUUCCGCUGUUUCCCGCGCACACGUGGAGGGAGUCUUGAUUCGGUGAUAACCGCCUCAGUGAAAGGCUUUUGAGUGGGAUCAUUGCAGGAUAUUGAGUUGAGCCCAAUUUGGAUAUCAAGGUGAACCGGUCACUGGCUUGAAACAAAAUUGGGGACGUGUGUGUUUCGUGCUAGCCGUAGGAACGCGCCUUUGACUUAUGCCGUGUAGUGCUGAGCGCGGGUCGAGGGGAGGAAAAGAGCGCCGACGAGUCCGACACGGGCGCUCUAUAUAGGGUGAGUACCGGGGGUAGAGCACUGUGCCUGAAGUGCUUUCUCAUUACGGCACUGAAGCCAGUUAUUCAUCUCGUGUGUAGCGUGUAGGGCAUCCCGUUAUUCCAUGAUGCUAUUUCAACAUUCGUAUCCGCUGUGUGCACGAGUAUUGCUAUAGAUACUGUAUCAUGUAUGCUGUAUCCAUGGUUGUAUCCACAAAGCACGGCUGGCGCGCGUGCCGAGCGUCCCCGCUGGCGCCGUACGCCGCGCUGGCCAGGGACCUAUGUGGACCUCUGGCCAUGACAUCGGCGCCUAUCCGAUGCUCGCCGUGUUUAUGGUGCACUCGGGUAAGCAUUGGUCGUCGGCGCAUGCUGCCGCGUGGUCCUAUUGUUGAUUGCAGGAGUGAAUAAAUAUAUUUCGUUAAUGACGCGCGGCUUUC